GUGCAAUAAUAUUUUAUUUUAUAAAGACAUGUUUUUUUGUUUGAAAUUUUUUCCCAUUUUAUGGCACUUUCCUAACUGUCAUGUAGGUUACAACAGACUGCAACGCUGAUCAACAAGGAAGGUAGUUGUAGCUCCUCGUUUGUUUGAAGAUCCUCAAAACCCUCGUGGUAUUUUCAUCUUCGAUAAUGCAUCGUUGGUGAUGAAGAAGUGGCAAAUUUUGGAAUUCGACGGCAAACCGUAUUACGCAUUUAUACCUGAAGGCGAUACGCCUUUGUCAGAUGAAGAUAUACCAGAAGAUAUAGAGGAAAAAUUAGAUGAGAUGGAAAUAGAGCGGAUAGAAGAAAUGGAAGAUGAAAAUAGCAUAAUAUGUGAUAAUGUAAAACAGGAAGGUCGGUUCGAGAAAGAAGAAUAUGAUUCUAUGGAAGAGAAAUAUAAUGCCGAGAGUAUCCUUAACGGAAGCAUCGAGGGAACAGAGGAAUCGAGUAUAAAACCGAUCAUACUGAAUGGCAUCAGUGAAAAUAUGGACGACAAAUCUGUUGGGGAUUUGUAUCAACUGAAAGUGCAAGGCACUAUGGUAACAAUUGAGAAACUUGGGUGUAACACGGAUGGAGACGUCAACAAAGAGAACGAAGAUCAGACGGAAGACAUGAAUGACGAUGAGGGAGAGAUAGAAUACCUUGACGAAGAGUUGAUAAAUAUUUCCAAUGUAUCUCCUAAACCUUCCAAUAAUGCAUCUCCUAAAAAAAAAUCUGCGAAGAACUCCAAUGAGGCUCUGAAGUGCAAAUUAUGCUCGGAAACGUUUGACACCGUGUUAUCCUUCAGGAAGCACGUAGCGUGGAGUCACAAGAAGAAGAUGUGCAUAAAGGAAGAUGGCGCAUAUAUAUGCGCCGUAUGCGGCUUUAAAACCUCGAAAAAGAACUCGUUUGCCUCUCAUCUAGAGAGGAAGCACGAAACUUGGUCCAGGAAACGAUCUGGCAACACGAAAUUCCCUUGCGCCGCUUGCGGCUUUGUUUGCAGAUCGAAGCAUUCCUUGCAGUCUCACUUCACGCGGAAGCAUACGGACAAGUACGAGUACCAGUGCAGUUUCUGUUCGAAAAAGUUCAAAGUCAAGGGGGACCUAACGAAUCACAUACGAUUCCAUCACAAAGAGAAGCCGGUCAAAUGCGACGUGUGUGGCAAGCUGUGCCUUAACAGUGGCUCACUUUACGUACACCAAAAGUGGGCACACUAUAAGCCCAAGUACGAAUGUCACAUCUGCAAAAGACGUAUGGUCACUCAAGCAAAUUUGGAUCAGCACCUCCUGUCGCAGCACGAGAAGCGUGACAAGAUAGUUUGCGCGGAAUGUGGAAAGACCUUCACGAAGAAGGACUCGUUUAAGAGGCACAUGGUGGUGCAUACAGGAUGCAAACCGCAUGCGUGUAUGAUUUGCAGCAAACCAUUCGCACGCAGAUCUCAAUUACGUCAGCACUUGCUCAUCCACACUGGCAAGCGGCCGUUUGUAUGCGACAUAUGUGGUAAGGCGUUCACGCAAAAACCAGGUUUGAUCUGCCAUAGAAAAACUCACCCCGGCCCUCAUCCGCCGCUACCCGUCAUGCCAAUCGCGGACAUUGUUAAAGAGUUCACCGACGGAUAUGUGCAGGAACUUAACGCUCGAGAGAACGAGGAAAGGAUCAUCGAAGAGGAGGAAGUGUGAAUACUUAGUUCAUCAUAUAGAUAUAUUGUAUGCAAUUUUUUCAUCAUCAAUUGAAAUAGCAAAAGCGCUCGUUAUGGAAUAAAAAUGAUAUAACAAUUGAGAAAAAAUGUUGUACAUGUACAUGUACAUGUACAUGUGUGUUUACAGGAUAAAAGUCGACACUUCUCAAAUCUUUGUCGACAAUUCUCAAAUUUGUAAACGAAAUUUCUUAUUUAUAUAUCUAACGUUUACAUCAUACUGAUUACGAUAUUACAAUCAAGUCCUUUAAUUUUCAUAUUGUUUACUCUUAUUCACUUCUCGUUAUUCAUUUCUUCUUCUCUUGCAUAUAUUAUCCUUGCAUUAUAAAGAGAGGUAGCAAGAAAAGAAGAGAGAGUGGUCAAUAAUAGAGAAAGUGAUAAACAAGGAGAGAAUAAAUUUGUCAUAAAUAAAUAAAACUGCGAAAA